AUGGAGCACAAUCUGGAGGCUGCCUCCACAUAUGUCAACAACAUCCUGCUGGCUCGGGGCCUACUGAAAGGUGGCCAGCCGAUUGACUUUGCCGAUCCGGAAAAUGAAGAGGGAGGGACGGAUGGUACCAUGGCCCGGGUGAUCAACCUGGUGAAUGAUCUGGUGCUGAGGAGAGACCGUGAAGCUGAGCACCGCGAGAGUUUAUCCAGUACUAUUCGCACGUUGCAAGCGACCGAGGCGGAGCAAACGAUGGAGAUUGGAAAGCUCAAAACAAAAUCUGCAGAGUUAACGCGCUCGCUAGCGCUUACAGAGGCGCAAGAACGAUCACUGAAGUCCAACCUUUCCAGCGUCGAAUCUACGAUCCGAGGAUUCAAAGAACAGGUCCAACGCAUGAAGAGUACAGUUCAGCAAGUGCGCGCACAAUGCGCCAAUGAUAUUCGCAAACGAGAUCUGGAAAUGCAGAGGCUGAAAUCCCACUUGGACGAGAGACGAAGGGGAAAGCGCGAGGGUCUGACUGUCACCACAAUCAACAUCAACCCUGCAGCCGAUCGAUCGCGACUCGGAGCUAGCGGAGGAGAUCGAGUCAAUGAUCCCGGGUACAGCUUGAAACAGGAAACGACCGACUUUUUGACUGAGCUGUGUCAGAACCUCAGCGAUGAGAACGAUACACUGAUUGAGCUUGCGCGGAGCACUGUCCAUACUCUGAAGGAUUUACAAGGCAUUCCGCAGCCGGACCAUGGGAAGAGUGAGAAUGAGCAGGGGGGCAUGGCUGCAAGUGUAGGACCGAAUAAGCCGGGGCCAGUUACUUCGCUUCCGACUUCCUGCGAAGAGCUGUCUACUCAAAUGGAAACCGUGUUGGAUCAUCUACGGACACUUCUUACUAACCCCUCUUUCGUUCCUCUUGAAGAAGUUGAGACGAGAGAUGAGGAGAUCAAGCGACUGAGGGAAGGCUGGGUCAAGAUGGAAAGCCGCUGGAAACAGGCCGUGACCAUGAUGGGCGGCUGGCAGCGUCGCCUCACAGAUGGAGGAGACUCGAUCCAGGCAGAAGAAUUGAAGCGUGGCAUGAACCUUGAUCUCAGUAUCAACUCAAACGAGGACAGUAUGCAGGAGUCCAACCCCAUUCCGACAAUCCUGGAAGACCAGGACGAGGAAGACAGCAAUUCGGACAGAGCACCGGAGCCCGAAAUGCCCCAACCACCAAAGACUAGGUCCAAGAUUCGCAAAGUACCCGAGCGACCAGACCGAGCCUUGAGGGAGCGGAGUGAAAAUGCCAUGACCAAGCGUGCCCGAAAAGUCUCUUUCACACCCGGUCUACAAGGCUCACCAGCUAUCUCGACCCCAGGAGACGACACCUUGCCGAUCAAGGCAUACAAGCCCGAGUCUUCCGUGACGCAGAGGUCCUCAAGGCGAAAGACCGAAACGAAAGACACACAUCAACCCGCCAACGAAGAACAAUUGAGUGUUUCUCAAAAGCUAGCGGCGGUCGAAGACGAAGCCCGCGCAGCUCAAAAUGAACGAAAAGAGCGCGAAUCACGAAAGAGGAGUCGUCCAGAAAAAGCCCGACCGGCGAACCGGCGACGAAGUACCCUCACCACUGACGAGCUCGAUGAUCUGAUGGGCGUAGCCCGGUAA